GUUUACCCAGUCAUUUGCUCUUCUACUGUGAGUAGAGUAACGACUUACCAGGAGCGCGCAGUGAUGGUGUUAAGAAAGCGAUCAAGAUCCGCGUUUUCUUUCUUCUGCUGACACUACAGAGAGUGUGUUCGUUUGUAAGUAGGGCUGUCAGAGACACGCUUAUUCAGUCAGCCACCGCUAUUACCAACAGGACUGACUGGGAUUCACUGCGCUCUGCUGGCUCUGUGUAACCGCUAUGGGCUCAGUGUGAGUGAAGAGACAAAGACUUUGGGAUAUAUAUGUUUGGAAUUUGGCUUUUUGUCAGUUUCUCAAAUGCAAAAGGAAAUAUGUGGCAAAGCUUCGUCUUACUCUUAACCGGUUUGCUUGGGUUGUGUUCAUGUUCAAGUUUCCCAAGUAACAUCAACAUAGGAGGUUUGUUUCCAACCGACUCCCAUGAAUACGACGUGUUCCGUUUCGCGCUCUCUCAACACAAUGAUGUUCCUAAACUGGUACCACAAGUGGACAUGGUGGACACGGGGAGCAGCUUUGCCAUGACAUACGCCUUUUGUUCCCAGUUCUCCAAAGGAGUCUACGCCAUCAUCGGCCUGUAUGACAGGAAGACGAUGAACAUGCUGAUGUCAUUCUGUGGCGCUCUGCACGUGUGCUUCGUCACGCCUAGCUUCCCCAUCGAUACCAACAACCAGUUUGUGAUCCAGCUGAGACCUGAACUCCAGGAUGCUCUGAUCGCCCUUGUCGAGCACUACAAGUGGACCAAGUUCGUCUACAUGUACAGCUCGGACUCAGGUCUGACAGUGCUGCAAAAGAUCUUGGACACUGCUGCUGAAAAGACCUGGCAGGUGACAUCAAUAAAUUUUGACACCCUGACAGAGGCGGCGUUCUUGAAAACCAUCCAAGAUCUGGAUAAUAAGAAGGAGUACAGGAUCAUUCUGGACUGUGAGCUAGAGAGACUCAACUCCAUCUUAAACUUGAUUGCGGUGCAAAAAAAGAAUUUGAAGAACUACCAUUACAUACUAGCAAACCUGGGAUUUCUGGAUCUUAAUCUCACAGAAUUCAAGAAGGGAGGUGCCAAUGUGACGGGCUUCCAGCUCAUGAACUACACAAACCCUACCGUCAGCAGGACCAUACAAGACUGGCUGGAGUUUGACAGUAAAGACUUGAAGAGUCCCAAAAGGAGGCUCAAGUACACUGGAGCGCUCACAUAUGACGGGGUGACUGUCAUGGCCACUGCCUUCCAGAACCUAAGAAAGCAGCGCAUUGAUAUUUCUCGCAGGGGGAAUGCAGGAGAGUGUCUUGCUAACCCUCCCGCACCCUGGGGCCAGGGCAUCGACAUUCAAAGAGCCCUACAGCAGGUGCAGUUUGAAGGGCUUACAGGACAUGUUCAGUUUAAUGAAAAAGGACAUCGGACCAACUUCACCGUCAGUGUGAUGGAAUUUGGCCCAAGUGGACCUAAGAAAGUGGGCUACUGGAACCAACAUGAGAAGUACGUGAGCACAGCUACUUACAGCAACAUGCUCAAUGAGACGUUUGGACUGCAAAACAGGACCUACAUAGUCACCACCAUCUUGGAGUCUCCAUAUGUGAUGUUGAAGAAGAACCAUGAGCAGCUAGUGGGUAAUGACAAAUAUGAAGGUUAUUGUGUGGAGCUGGCUGCAGAGAUCGCCAAGCACGUGGGCUAUUCCUACAGGCUAGAACUAGUGGGGGAUGGAAAGUAUGGAGCCAGAGACGCAGAGACUAUGAUGUGGAAUGGGAUGGUUGGAGAACUAGUGUAUGGCAAAGCAGACGUGGCUGUCGCCCCCCUCACCAUCACUUUGGUCAGAGAGGAGGUCAUCGACUUCUCCAAGCCCUUUAUGAGCUUAGGUAUAUCCAUCAUGAUCAAGAAGCCCACAAAGUCCAAACCAGGCGUCUUCUCCUUCCUGGACCCACUGGCGUACGAGAUCUGGAUGUGCAUUGUGUUUGCCUACAUUGGCGUGAGCGUGGUGCUGUUCCUGGUGAGUCGCUUCAGCCCGUACGAGUGGCACGCGGAUGACGAAGAGGAAGGAAUGGAGCAGCAAAACCAGAACCAGAACCAACCACCGUCACCAGAGCCCAACCAGUCGCCCAACCAGCACGGUCAGAAUCAGAAUCAGCGAGAGGAGAAGCAGGAGAAGCAACCUGAACACACCAAUGAGUUUGGGAUCUUCAAUAGCCUCUGGUUUUCCCUGGGAGCCUUCAUGCAGCAGGGAUGUGAUAUCUCACCAAGAUCUCUCUCUGGUCGUAUAGUUGGAGGUGUGUGGUGGUUCUUCACUCUGAUUAUUAUCUCCUCCUACACAGCCAACCUGGCUGCCUUCCUCACUGUGGAAAGGAUGGUGUCACCCAUCGAGAGUGCCGAGGAUCUGGCUAAGCAAACAGAGAUUGCCUAUGGGACUCUGGAUGGAGGAUCCACCAAAGAGUUCUUCAGGAGAUCAAAGAUCGCAGUAUUUGAGAAGAUGUGGUCCUACAUGAAGUCUGCAGAGCCUUCUGUAUUUGUGAAGACGACAGACGAAGGUGUCGUGCGGGUGAGGAAGUCCAAAGGGAAGUAUGCUUAUCUGUUGGAGUCCACAAUGAAUGAAUACAUUGAGCAGCGCAAGCCAUGUGACACCAUGAAGGUGGGCGGAAACCUGGACUCAAAGGGCUAUGGAGUUGCCACACCCAAAGGAUCCGCCCUGAGAAACCCAGUAAACCUGGCAGUGUUAAAACUGAACGAGCAGGGCCUGUUGGACAAAUUGAAAAACAAAUGGUGGUACGACAAGGGAGAGUGUGGCAGCGGAGGAGGUGAUUCCAAGGAUAAGACCAGCGCUCUGAGCCUCAGUAAUGUGGCUGGAGUUUUCUACAUUCUGAUUGGUGGACUUGGGCUGGCCAUGCUGGUCGCCCUGGUUGAGUUCUGUUACAAAUCAAGAAUCGAGUCUCGAAGGAUGAAGCAAAUCAUUGAUGCAGCCAUGCUCAGCUCCACGCUGACUAGGAUGGGCAGCGGAGGUGAGAACGGACGUGUGAUGGCACACGACUUCCCUAAAGCGGCACAGACUCUGCCAUGUAUGGGCCAGGCAGCCGCUAUGGGCCUCAGCACCACUGGGAUGUAAACGGCCAUCAGCCUCUCAGAGAUCAGGGGACAUCAGGAGAACGAUGGAAAGCGUGGGAGAGGACGUGAGAGACACUGCAGCGUACAGCUCACCUGCCACUGAAGUACUGCCAAAUGGAUUCAUGGACACACUCUGGGCUCCAAAUCAAAUUAGAUAAGGAGGGAGGAAAAUUACUUUUCUAGUAUUAAGAUGUGGGUUUUGUUUUUUUUUGUUUUUUUCGGAACUUCUCCGGUGCAAUAAGGAGACCAUGCGUGAGGUGUUUUUGUAUAAGCAUCAUUUUUGACAAAACUGAGAGGUUUCCCUCAAUUUCAUAAAUUACUGACAGUUGAACUGCAAUGUUUCUUCAAUGUCUCAUUUUCCCCAAAUAACAGUUUUCAAUUGCCCUCAUUUUAUUAUUUUCAUCUGCCUUAUUACAUAUCUUUGUUCAAGAAACAUUUUUGCCCAAAGUAUUCUUCAACCAUCACUGUUUAUCAGAUAGUUAAAGGAAUAGUUCACUCUAAAAUUAUCAUUUGCUGUCCAAUGUACUGUGGAUGAGUUUGUUUCUUAAUCAGAACAUAUUUGGAGAAAUUAAGCGAAUGCAGUGAAUGGGUGCCGUCAGAAUUUGAGUCCUUAUAACUGAUCAAAUCAUCACAGUAAUCCACAAGUAAUCCAUAUGACACCAGUACAUCAUUUAAUGUCUUGUGAAGUGAAAAGCUGCGUUAAUUAAUGGACUGGAGUCGGGCAGAUUACUGCAUAGGAUCCACUUGUGAGCAAGUGAUGUAAUGCUAAAUUUCUCCAAACCUACUUCGAUGAAGAAACAAAUUUAUCUGCAAGUUAAAUGGGCUGAGGGUGAGUACAUUUUUAGCAAAUUUUGCUUUUUGGGUGAACUGUUCCUUCAAGGUGAAUAAUUUCUGAAAUGUAAUGACUGCUCUGUCUGCCAUUGGUUGAACAAAACAGACUAAACUUAAAGGUUGUGUAAAUUAGGAUUCUGACUAUUAAGUUCUUGCUAUAUAGAUGUUGCGUAUUAAUACAGUAAUACAGACAGUAUUUUAAAGGAAUAGUUCACCCAGAAUUGCACAUUCUGUAAUCAUUUACUCACCCACAUGUUGAUCCAAACAUAUGACCUUUUACACCUAUUACACUUUUUUGUGAAGUGUAAAAGAAGAUAUUUUGUAAAAUGUCUCUCCUUUUCCCUACAUGCUUUUUUUCUCUAACACUUCUCUAAACGGAAGUUUCCACCAGUGAAAAAAAAAGGUAAUUCACAAUUAUGACUUUUUUUCUAGCAACUGUACAAUUACAAACUUGCAAUUUUUUCUUAGAAUUGGUAGGAUUAGAAGACAAAAUUUUGCAAUUCUGAAAAAUGAAAUCAAUUACGAAUUGCAAGUUUUUGUCUCACAAUUCUGACUAUUUAUCAUAUUUGCAAGUUUACAUGUCGCAAUUUUGACUUUUUUAGAGCAAUUGCAUGAUAAAAACUUGCAAUUCUGACUUUUUAUCAGAAAUAUGUGAUAUAAACUCACAAUUCUGAAAUAUUAAGUUAUGAAUUGAACAUUUUUAUCUCGAAAUUCUCAUUUUCUUACAUUUGUGAGUUUACAUCUCACAAUUUUAACUUUUUUUUAAGAGUAAUUGUGUGAUACAAACUUAUAAUUCUGACUUUUUCUCAGAAUUGUGAGAUAUAAACUUGCAAUUUUGAAAAAUGAAGUCAAUUAUGAAUUGCUUUUUAUCUCGCAUUUCUGACUUUAUCGCAAUUUUGAGUUUACAUCUCGCAAUUCUGACUUUUUCUGAGCCAUCGGUGAUACAAACUCGCAAUUCUGACCUAAUUUCUUGCAAUUAUGAGUUUACAUCUUGCAAUUCUGACUUUUUUCAAGCAAUUGCGUGAUACAAACUUGUAAUUCUGACGUUUUUCUCAGAAUUGUGAUAUAUAAACUCGCAAUUCUGAAAAAUGAAGUUUAUAUCUCACAUUUCUGAGAAAUAAAAGUCAGAUUUGCAAGAUAUACACUCAAAAUUUAUUUAUUUUUUUUCUCAAAAUUGCAUGAUAUGAACUCACAAUUGCGAGAAAUAAAGUCACAAUAACCUUUUUUAUUUUUUAUUCAGUGGAGAAUACGGACUUCCAUACCAUCAACUGUCAUUGUAUGGACAAAAAUAAUUUGAAACAUUCUUCAAAAUAUCUUCUUCACUUCCAAAACAAAAAUUUAUAGAUAAUGUACUCACCCCCUUGUCAUUCAAGAUGUUCAUGUCUUUCUUUCUUCAGUCGUAAAGGAAAACAUUUCAGGAUUCCUCUCCAUAUACUGGACUUCUAUGGUGCCCCUGAGUUUGAACUUCCAAAAUGCAGUUAAAAUGCAAAUUUUUUUUUUCAAUUUUCCUCGAAAAACUAUUUCUUUACGACUGAAGAAAGAAAGACAUGAACAUCUUGGAUGAUGAGGAGGUGAGUACAUUAUAUGUGAAUCUUUGUUCUGGAAGUGAGCUACUCCUUUAAUGUUCCAAAUAUGAAAGAACCCAUACAGGUUUGGAACGACAUGAGGGUAAAUAAAUGACAGAAUUUUAUUAGAUCAGCUAUUUCUUUAAAAUGAAAAAAGUUCUACACUUCACCUUUAAGAAGCAAUUAUGAACGGAAUGAAUGUUUGAUGUCGUUGAAUGAAAAGUAUGCUACAUCUGUAUGUCAGCUUCACUGCAGUCUACAAAUGUCUUCCUUUCCAACCAGUUUGAUUGGCAAGCCUCUCUAGGGAAGGUGAGUUCUUCCAUAGGUUCGGAGAGGCUGAUUACCAGUCUUGUCAUUGUUACUGCUGUAGCUCACAGUCUCACCCUUCACUUACGAAAACUUUGGAUCAAUCACCGCUUCCCCGUCCAUGCUGCUCGAUAGUGUCUGAGAGUUAAAGACAUCAGAGAAAGAAAAAAAAAGAGGGUGUAGGCUACACACGCAGCUUUACAUUUUAUGUUUUGCCACUUCCGUUCUAUCUUCCUUUAUGGUUUACAUGACAUUUUUGUUUGUUGAAGUAGCUGAUGAUAUGUAUAGUACAUCAUUCCCACACUAAACCGCUAAUGAGGUCGGUGUACACAGAUGUGACAAUAUCAACAAAUUCAAGGGCAGCAUGAGCACCCAGGAGACUGUCUACUUAGAAGCCCUAAAACAGUUUGUAAUAUUGUCAUUGUCAAAUAUUGUCAUGUAAACACUAAUUCCAUGAAUAGUAUUUUAUGGAAAUCCGCCUAAUAGCUGACACACGGACAACAACAUGAAUUGCUCAUGCUGUGAGAUUAAUAGGGUGACUUAAUAGCCUGAUUCUAACAGUCCAUUUGAGAGGAACAAAGCUCAGUGGCGAUAUUUGCUUGUUGCUUCAGCUGUUGCUUUAUGCUCUAAUAAAACGAACCCACUUUUGGAUACAUAGGAAACAAAUGAUGUCAAUAACAAAUGAUGAUAUAUCAUAAACUAAGACUCGCUUUUUUGAAUUUCGAGGUGCCGCAUCAAGACUGGAUGCUCUGAUUCAAGCACAGGACAGGAUGUGAGGUGGUAGAUCACAACGGACGAGAUGAACUCUAAUGGACUGAUCAUCAGAAACUAUAAACGAGCACAGAGGUAAAACUGAAUGUCAAUACUCCAAGCACAAAAUCUCCAUUCAGCCAUUCAGGAGAACUUUCUCUCACCAGUGAGGCUCUGUGGUGAGCUUUUCUCUCUUUGUAUCCUUCCUCGAUACUUUGCCAGUGAACCUUCAGCGGUUCUUACAUCGUCUGUCCUUUUUAUUGCCGACUCCAUUUGUACAAAAUAGAGAGAAUCAACCAUAACAUGACGUGGAACAUUUGUGCUGACAAAACGGUGCUUUGUGGCCUUUGUUUUCCAUUGGAUGGGUUAUUUGUUUCGUUUAUUAUAUUUUUAAUUAUUUCUGGUCUUGUAUUUAAAGUGAAAUUCUGUAUUUUGGAUGUUUCUUUGAUUGGUUUUGCACUUUUAGUCUUAAAUAGGGCUGUCAAACGAUUAAACAUUUAAAUCGAGUGAAUCACGGUUAAUAUACGUGAUUAGUCAGAUUAAUCGAAUACUAUAUAUCCACGUUUGCUGAGAAAGAAAAGAAUUAAAAUUUAUUAAUUAAUCAUUUAAAAAUACGACAUUAUUGUGGCAUGACAGCUUUCAAUAUACAUUACAAAAUGUGAUUUAUAUAUUGUCUGUAUUCAGUAUACCGUUUAAUUUUUUCAUAUGAUUGAACAUAAGUACUACUCACCGAAUCCAUAACUCAUUUUGCAAUUGAUUUGUCAAUCAAGUUUUAUGUUACUUUUUCAGCAUUGUGUUUAUUUUAUUCAAUCAGUAAAACAGCUUAUUACAUUGACAGCCCUACUUAUGAAAAAUCUCCUUUUUCACAUUCACCUCACAAAAUACCUUUUAAAAAACAGCAGCAAGAUGUAACAGCAAGAAAUCAACGUGUUGACAAGGAGUAUUCAGAAAUAAACUUUUCUUACUGAACGCU